GAUUGCGAGCCUCAGAAGUGCGGUGAUCAGGGAUUUCGUUGUGUGGUCUGUUUUGCUGGAUAGAAUGGGUGGUUCGGCUUCUUGUUCGUUUCAAAUGCUAGUGAGAGGAGAGGGUUGUGGAUAUGGAUGGAUAUUUUUGUUUCUGUGUGCGCUCUCUCGCGUGAUAGCGCGAGAGUUCCAGCCUUCGCUACAUUUGCUUCUGCGAGGAGGAUACAGGGGACUGAAUGUGCCAUCACUUGGCAGGCUGACAGUGUGGGCGAAUCUGGAAAUCAUGAUAGAAGGAGCGGGGGUGGUAGGGCUGGGCAUUGAUAAGACGACAAUGCCGUCCAACAAUUCCAUAGGCCAUAGAGCAGAGUAGACACUCCCCCAAAAACAGUACCAACUGAUCUGGCCUCGAACUCGGCCUUUGCAUCACCAGAGCCUCAUCGUAGUCAUCGCAGUCUAGGCAGCUAGCCCUAGGCAGAGAUCCGUCUGCAAUGAUGUCGAAAAGCCAAUCACAUGAGGAAUAAAGUGCCU